GUUGAUCCUGCUGGGUGAUCCCAGCUUCCGGUGAAAGGGGAGAAGUGUCUGACACGAUUACUCUGACCAGGCCCAUCGUUACUCACCCGUAGAUAGCCGAACGGGUUUUUUGAUAAUGGCGAUGGGCUUGUAAUCGUCAACAAGUCACCUAAUCAACUUUUUUUUUGAGAUAAUAGGAGACGUCGCCGCGGACGACGCUUUGAGCAGGCUACGCGCCGUCAGAGCUACAGGUUUAAACGUUACCCGCGACUGUCAGCCAGCUAGUUAGCCAGCUAGUUAGCCAGCUAAAGUCGUAGCUAGCUUUUCGCCAACCAAGCACCUCUAAAUUAGAUCCUGGUGUCUGUUUCAAGAUGUCAACUGCGGGGUUCAAUUCUCAGAAUGGGACUGGGACAGGGCAAACAUACGCAAAUGGUCCAUCACAGAAUCCUGUUGCCCUCCAGCAGCUACCAGGGGUUAGUUAUGGGAUGACUAAUCAACCACCAUACAAUCCAGUGCAGGCCAAAGCUCCUGCACCCCCUGGCCCUGGACUUUACCCAGCUGGGCUAUACCAGCCUAUUCCCCCAGUUAGCUCAUAUCAGCCAGGCCCACCACCCACCUCCUACCCAUCUUCUGCAGGCCAGCCACUGUUGCCCAGGCCUCCAAUGGGAGGUCAUCCAUCACAUACCCCUCCUCAGUCUGCCAGCCCCAGUCCUGGUCCUAGGAUGCCAAUGCCUCCUGCACAGGCAACACCACCUCCUCCUUCUGUGUCUUCUAGUAGCUACUACCCCAACCCUCAGCAGCCCAUGACUCCAGCAUGGCAGUACAACACACCUACACCACCACUGGGGCCAGCAACCUCCAUUAGUGCGCCUCCAAUGGGCCCUGUGGCAAAUCAUGUGAAUCUAGCUGCAACCUUAGCAGGGCCAUCACUGCCAUCAUCAGCAUCUUACAGCUCAGCAGCACCACUACCACCACCUCCCAACAUGUCUUACAGCACUACCCAACCCCCGGGCCCAGGAAUGCCUCCCACCUCUCUGCACGGCUAUACACAGCCAGGUGUGGCACCUCCACCAAUGAAUCCCAUGGCGCCCCAUACAUACCAAGGCCAGUCAAACAGGCCUGCUUAUGGGCCUCCACCUACAGGUCCAACACCUGCAGGCCCACCACCAACAAUGAAACCCACAUCGCUUCCCACUGGUCCUCCAGUGGCAAAUGCCACACCACCACCACCUAAAGCAGAUGCUCAGUGUGGGGGUGUUGUUAACAGCACUUUUUCCCCCACUGAGCCCGACAGCCAGGAGGGAGAUAUUGAAUGUCCAGGAGCUGUGGCUGGCAAUGGCCCGCAAACAACAAACAGCUAUAAUCAUCUUGACAACAAAAUGGCUGGCCCGACUCAGCCUGGACCACCCGGUCGGCACUUGGGCCACUACCCUUCGCUCCCUCCUGGGUACCAGAACACCUCAGCUCCCCACGCCACCCCUCCCAUCCACCCUGCGAUGCAAGCCGCCACGCAGCCUUACACUCAAGCACCUCAGCCAUAUCAGCAGCCACCUGGUGGCCCGGGACCAGCUCAGCUAAGCCCAUCAUUAGCAGCCAUGAGCCUCCAGUCCAGCACCCCAGAGGCCCUGAGAGUGGUCAACCUCCUGCAAGAGAGGAACCUGCUGCCACCGGCUCCAGUCCCUGCCCCGACUCCCUGCCUCACCCAGGACCUGCAGAAACUCAACUGCAGCCCAGAAGUUUUUCGCUCUACACUCACCAGCAUCCCUCAGACCCAGUCUCUGCUCAAUAAAGCCAAGAUGCCACUGGGCUUGCUGCUUCACCCAUUCAAAGACCUCUCGCAGCUUCCUGUUGUGACAUCCAGCACGAUUGUUAGGUGUCGGUUCUGCAGAACCUACAUCAAUCCCUUUGUCUCUUUCCUGGACCAGAGAAGGUGGAAGUGCAACCUUUGCUAUCGGGUUAAUGAUGUUCCAGAGGAGUUCAUGUACAACCCUGUCAGCAGAUCAUAUGGAGAACCACACAAAAGACCUGAGGUCCAGAAUGCCACCAUUGAGUUCAUUGCUCCUUCAGAAUACAUGCUGAGGCCACCCCAGCCUGCUGUUUACCUCUUCGUUCUGGACGUUUCCCACAAUGCAGUGGAGACAGGCUACCUAAAUGUGUUCUGUCAGUCACUGCUGGACAACAUCAAUUCACUUCCUGGAGACUCAAGGACUAAGGUAGGCUUCAUCACCUUUGACAGCACCAUCCACUUCUACAACCUCCAGGAAGGACUUUCCCAGCCUCAGAUGCUAAUCGUGUCUGACAUAGAAGAUAUCUUUUUACCAACACCAGACAGCCUUCUAGUAAACCUCAAUGAAAGCAAAGAGCUUGUGCAGGAUCUAUUGAAGAGCCUGCCAAAUUUAUUUGAGAAGACGAUGGAGACGCAGUCCGCCCUGGGUUCAGCUCUGCAAGCAGCCUUUAAGUUGUUGUCCCCCACUGGAGGGCGCAUGUCAGUGUUUCAGACGCAGCUGCCUAACCUCGGUGUUGGGGCACUGCAGUCGAGAGAGGACCCCAACCAGCGGGCAUCUGCCAAGGAUAUCCAGCACUUAGCGCCGGCGACAGACUUCUACAAGAAGCUGGCUCUGGACUGUUCCAGCCAGCAGGUGGCUGUAGACCUGUUCCUGCUCAGUGCUCAGUACUGUGACCUGGCAUCUCUUGGAUGCAUAUCCAGAUAUUCAGCAGGGAGCGUUUACUACUACCCAUCCUACCACCACCAGCAUAACCCAGCUCAGGUUGAGCGCUUCCAGAAGGAUCUGAAGAGAUAUUUAACCAGGAAAAUUGGCUUUGAGGCUGUCAUGAGGAUACGCUGCACCAAAGGUCUGUCCAUCCACACGUUCCACGGAAACUUCUUUGUGCGCUCCACAGAUCUGUUGUCCCUCCCCAACGUCAACCCAGACGCCGGCUUCGCAGUUCAGAUGUCCAUCGAGGAAAACCUUGAUGACAUGCAGGUUGUCUCUUUCCAGGCUGCGCUGCUUUACACCUCCAGCAAAGGAGAGAGGAGGAUCCGCGUGCACACGUUGUGUCUCCCUGUGGUGAAUUCUCUGUCGGAUAUCUUUGCUGGGGCUGAUGUUCAAGCCAUCACUGGGCUGUUGGCUUGCAUGGCUGUGGACCGUUCGGUGACGGCAAGUCUGAGCGAUGCAAGAGACGCAAUGACCAACGCUGCUAUCGACUCGCUGAUGUCUUACCGGCAGUCUGUGUUGACAAUCCAGCAGCCUGGCCUGCUGGUUCCGGCCUGCCUCAGACUCUUCCCGCUCUACAUUCUUGCGCUGCUCAAACAGAAAGCCUUCAGGACAGGCACCAGCACCAGGCUGGAUGACCGGGUGUUUGCCAUGCUUCAGCUGAAGUACCAGCCACUGGCCUACGCCAUGCUGAUGAUCCAUCCUGCUCUGUACCGUGUCGACGACCUGACUGACGAGGGAGCAUUAAACAUCAACGAGCGGACCAUCCCUCAGCCCAGACUGCUGCAGCUGUCUGUGGAGAAGCUCAGCAGGGAGGGAGCUUUCCUCAUGGAUGCUGGAAUUGUGAUAUACCUGUGGAUUGGACGAAACUGCCACUCCAACUUCCUCACACAGGUCCUAGGAGUUCCAAACUACGCUGCUGUGCCUGAUAAUCUGUAUUUGCUCCCAGAACUGGACACUGCAGAGUCUCAGAGAACCAGAGCUUUCAUUGGUUGGCUGAGAGAUCAGAGGCCAUUUUUCCCCUCCCUGCAUAUCAUCAGGGACGAGAGCCAGCUGAAAGCCAGCUUUAUGCAAAACAUGAUCGAGGACCGAACAGAGUCGGCCCUGUCGUACUACGAGUUCCUCCUUCACCUCCAACAGCAAAUCUCCAAAUAAUCUUCAGUGUGGCUGCGGAGACGAGGGAACAUUGAAGCGAACAUGUGCGUCAGUGUUUGUGUGCGAGUAUAUCACACCAUAUACAUAUGUAUAUGGUGUGAGAGUGUGUAUGCGUGUGAGUGAGACUACACUCAAGGUCGCUUCUUGGUCCUUCUUCAGCUGUGGUCCACCAUAUCUCUGAGGGGGGGAAACCCGAGCUGAACUUAACACGAGGCAUCAGCCCAAUCAAGUCAUGUGACGAGGAUGUGACAAAUAAUUGGUUCUGAUGCUUAUUGGGCACUUUUGAACCCUGCUGAAGAAACAAGAAAUCCAGGAUGAUUAUUGUGUCAAUGAUCGAAUGAAUCAGUGUUUAUUCUCACAGAACAAUGCUGUCUAACUGAGGUAGUGCUCAGAAACAGUGCGGGAAAACAGAUGUGUGAAGUGUUUGGAAAAAGCACAGUCUUUAUUAAUACGAGUCAAACAUAUGUACGUACGCUUAAGACUAGUUUAUAAGACAGGAAGGAACCGGCAAAAAGACUGUUUUGUUUUUUGGGUGUCACCUGGAGUAUUUGUACACACAGCAGCUGAGCUCUAACAACACUCUAAUAUUGUACCUGAAGGAGAGAGCGUGUGCUUUUUAUUUGACAGUCAUUAUACUUGUGUGUUGAACAAAUCUGUAGACUCUGUUGUUUGAAAGCCUGAAUUUUAAAGGUGUUUGAAGGCAGAUCAGCCUCGUUGCCGUCGCUGCCUCGAAUGUUUGGAUUUGGCAGCGGAAGGUGGUUUCAUCGGUCUGGUCUGUCGCUCAUCUUUUCGCUCUUUCUCUCUGGACAUUCAGAACACCUCUGACGACAUUGCUGUUCUGUUUGUUUGUUUCUUUUUCUGAUUGUUUAAUUUAUGAGACUCCCAAUCUGAUUAAAUUCUAUAAUUGCCUUGUAUGGGAACUCACUUUUUAUUAUUAAAACCUCUGUUUAAAUACAGACUCUAUAUAUGAAAUAUUUUAAUAUAAUAGGAUAUGGGAAAUUCUUUAACACAGACAUAACAAAGCCAUUGUGAUCUUUUAAUCAUGCUUAUUGAUACUUGUAUAUUAAAAGAUUGCAUUAUAUAAAGGUAAAGACAUGCUGAUGAUUUUAGUACAAAUAAGGUGAAAUGACGCUAAGAAAAUAAAAUGUUGGGACUUUUUAAGUGUAGUUUGUGUUUUGGUGGGUGAACAGUGUCUAUUCUGUGAACACAAAGACUACAAAAGACAACAUGGACCAAAUCAGUCGAUAUUUCUCUUGAAUGCAUUUGAAUCGAAAUUUUUUUUUUUUUUUUUUUUUUUAAUUUGGUUUGGUCUCAUUUCAUACAGUUUGUAAUCUAUGUAUUAUAUCAACAAAAAUGUAUUUAGGAACAGACAAAUAUGUUUUGGUCUUCAUGCACAAGAAAAAUUGUUUUUCAUAAAAAAAUACUGAUGAAAAUAAAAAGCAGCUUUGUUUUUGUACAGAGUUAACUUGCUGAGGACUGGAUGUCAGUCACAUGACUACAGCUAAAAUAACACCACUCGUGAGUGUGGACCGAGUGGAUUAAAUCAACAGAUGUAAUGCCACUGGCUUUUUAGAAUGACCUCACCUUUCAACAAGAAAUUGAAUUAAUUUAACACCCAAAAAAUAAAGUAGAAAAUAAUACAAAUUUGACUUGACCUGUGACUUCUCUUCUGACUUACAUGGACAACAUGAAUAGACCUUGUCUUUGAAACUUUAAAAUUGGUUGGAGGGUGGGUGGAGGUUUACCUGUUAGUUAUUAGCUGUGUCUUGAGUAUAAAGUGGAUCAUCAAUAUUGGCUUUGCCCCACAUCUAUACACUGUUCAAAAACAGUAGCAGCACUGAUGAAUUUCUACCUCUGUAUCAUCGGUGUUUGUGCGCAGGACCUCAGUCUCAGUACUCAUGUUGAAGGAAAGUAGACUCAUUUUAGGUUUUUUCUCUAAUCUGAGAGGCUUCUCUGAUUCUUCUUGACCCACUCUGUGUUCCCUAAUUGUACAGGCAUUGUAAAAACUAAAGUACACACUCCUUUAAUUCUUAGGCUUCAUGUAAUCAGGAUGUAACAAAAAAUCAUUUUGUCCUUACAGGUUCUAAAAUGAUUUAAAUACAACCUCAGAUGAACAUCAGCGUGACAUGAAAUAACUUGAAAUAAUUAUUUUCCAUAUGACUUCUGGUCCACUCUUCUUUACAAUGUUGUUUCAGAUUAUUGAAGUUUGUGGAUAUUCACUCCAGUCAGGUGGAGGCCUGGGCUUUGAGGCACUCAUUUGGAAAUUUGUUCUGGGGUUCAUUGUCCUGUUGUGUGACCCAGUUCCAGUAAGGUUUUAGCUGUGCCUCACAUUUCACCUUAGAAUACUUUAGUAUUUAUUAAGAGUUCAUGGUCAACUCAAUGACAGCAGCCAUGACAGUGCCCUGUGGCUGCAGAGCAAGGCCAAAUCAUCAUGCCUGUGCCAUCAUGCUUUAUAGUUGGUAUAAGAUAAUUAAAGGGGAGAAAAGUGACAAUUGAGUGAAAAUUUAUUAACUUAUCACCAUAAAAUAUUUGUUUCUUAGCACCACACUUUUUUUGUUUGUUUUUUGUCAAUAAAGAAUAAAUUCCAGUCAGCCUCUGUCCCCGGCUCAGCAAAAGAUCCCUCUGUUGUCUCUGCUGGAUCUGCUUAGAUCCAAUCUUCCAAACAGCUCAUUAUAUAGAAAUACUUUCUCUCAUCUUUACUCUUCAAAACUCAGUUUGUCAAUCACAAUUUACUUCAUAUAAUUUUGUUUUAUCAAUUAAAUUAAUUAAAUCAUAAACGUUAAAAAUCAAACUUUCUCUGAGUAUUUGCUUAGUCAUUCUGACCAAGCACUACAGACCUCAGACAAGCUCUAGGCUGUGUGCCAUAUUUAGAUUCCCUGCUGGUACAAUCAACCUCAGCACAAAAGCACACGCACACACCAAAUCACAGCAAAAGGUCAGGAGAUUAAAUAUUAAAUCAGUUUCAUUACUCAGAUUUCUCAUUCAUCAUAUUACUUAGACGUAUACUUUAAUUAUAACUUUGAUACAAAUUAAAAACACACAUUGAUAAGAUCUUUUCUAGAACUUUGUUUCAUUGUUAUCAUAAAAGCUGGAUGUUAAGACCUUUUACCCUAUCUCCAAUGUAGUGAGAGGUUAGCCAAGUGGACUUCAAUCCCACCUUUCUCUACAGUGCUAGUACUCUAUCGUAGAAUAUUGACGAGUGGACAUUUAUAUUGAUAUGGUGAUUCUUCUAGAAGAAGAAGUGGUUUGUUCAGAUGCAACUUUGCAAAUGUAAGCUGUGCUGAUGUGUUCAUUUCAGAGAGAAGAAGUUUUCCCCUCUUGUUCGGUCGUUUUUUAAAAAUUGUGCUGUCAUUAACUUUAACAUGCUAACAGAGGCCCAUAGAGUGUGAGAUGUACAGACACCCAUCAAGGGUAUGAAAGUUGUGGUAAGUUCAGGCUUUUAAUGAUAUCUGUCUGUCUGUUUUUCAGCAUCAGUAUGUGCUGUGUUGACAUUUGCAAUAAGCAUUUUUCUCAGACCUUUAAUUAUAUCACUUCAUUGCUUUAAUAUAACCAAUGACCAAAAGAUGAAACAAAUAAAAUGAUCAAGUUGUUUCAUUUCUUCAGUUUUUCCAUAGCUCAGUUACAAUUAUUUAAAUCAAUAUGCCCUGCUUUUAUAUAAAUAUCUGAAAAAAAUUGUUAUUUCAGGUCUGAUUUUUUUUUUGCAUCGUUAAUGCACUUUUUAUUUCAGCUUGAGUAAAGAAUACUCCAAACCUAGAGGUUAGAGCUAUUUUUCCUAUUAACACUACAGACCAUUCAGAAAUGGAUUUUUU